CGGCGGCCCCGCCGCUGCUGAGGGAGGCGCCGGGACCCGCCAUGGCCGCCGCCCUCAGGGGCGCGAUGUUCGUCGGGCUCCUGCUCUGCGCGGCUGGAAGGGUGCCAAGGCCCAGGAACGCAAGGAUUACCUCAGUCAAUCUGCAGAGCACUCUGCAGUGGGACGCGCCGAGGGUCCCCAAAGGGAAUAUCACUUACACUGUCCGCUCCAAGAGCGUGCAUUUCCCGGGAGAGGCGUACGACACGGUGUGGAGCGGGCUGAGCGCCACGCGGUGUGACGUGUCCUCGCUGCCCGCCUACGGCCACUACCAGCUGCAGGUGCGCGCCGAGCUGGGCCCGCAGCACUCGCCCUGGGUCACCCUCCGCUUCAGGCCCUUGGACCACA